AUGUUGCCUCUUGGAGCACUCAUCUUCUUCGCCAUAGCUGCGGCUAUCGCUUUGAUCGCAAAGAAGACACUGUCUAGGCCGCAAAAGGAAGGCCUUAUCUCAAGAGCCAUCCCCGCUGCUGCACCUCUCACACAACCGCUGCCCUCAACAUGGUACAAGUCCGACGACAUCUAUGAACUUGAGCGACGGGCUAUCUUCUCCAAGAAAUGGAUCUUGCUCACCCACAAGAUGCGGUUUGAGCAGGCUGGCUCUUGGAUCCGCUACGCUGAAGCUGGUUUCGACUUCUUCCUCAUCAAGAAUGCUGAGGGUGCUAUUAGAGGUUUCCACAACAUCUGCCGCCACCGAGCCUUCCCCGUUGUUGUCAAAGACAACGGCCAGAACGCUGUCUUGUCAUGCAAGUACCACGGUUGGUCUUACGGAUUGAACGGCCAGCUUGCCAAGGCUCCUCUCUAUCAAGAUCUUCCUGGCUUUGACCGAUCCAAGAACGGUCUGUUCCCUCUUCACGUCCACGUCGAUGACAAGGGCUUUGUUUGGGUCAACAUGGAUGCCAAGACCCAGCCUGAGAUCUCAUGGGAAGAGAACCGCAACCAAGCAGCUCGAUAUGGUUCUUUCAACCUGAGCGACUACCAGUUUGAUCACGUCAAGCAGGACAACAGCAGCUUCAACUGGAAGACACUAGCCGAUAAGUCAAGUGCCAACAGCAGCAGCGACUUCCAGGAGAAGAGCAGCUCAGUUGUCAGCGGCUUUUACUUUCCCAAUGCUACUCUAUCCAUCUCUCCUCACUUCUUCUUCCUUUUGAGAUGUGUUCCUACAUCUGCCACCAAGUCUCAACUACAGUACGAAGUCUACCGACACAAGAACGCCAGUCAAGACGACUUCCAAAAGGUCGACGAGAUUCUCCAGCAAAUCGCUAGUGAGAACGAGGCGCCUGCUGAGAAGAACCUGCGCUCGGGUGUCUUGGUUGACCAAACCCCUCUCCAGUUCCAGAACCAAGUGUAUCAACUCGUUGAGCACCACCGUAAGCUUGAAGGCGUGGCCGGGCGGGAAAUCAGACCUGCCCAGCAGAUUCUAGACAAGUCUGCUACCAAGACUGAGCAGGAUGAGAGUCUAUACUCAUCCUGUUCUGGACAAUCGUGUGAUAAGACUUCGAAGGAACUUGAUUGGUAA